AAAUAAUAGUAUUACUCACACAAAAACAUUGCUAGUCCAGCUUUUUUUUUCUUUCCUCCCCCUCUUCACAGCCUGUCAAGCUUUAAUUAUUAACAUCAUAAUUAUAUUUCUUUUUUAGUAAGAGAGGCUCCUAGUUGUUUCUCUAAGAAAACUGUGAAGACCUGUUUUCUAUUAUAUUUCUAUGGAAUAACAAAAAAGGUUUGUUUUCCAUAUUCGUCAGAGCUACACUGCUUAGAUUGGUCCGUCCAUUUUUCACCAAAAGAAUAAAAAAAAAGGUCAUGGUUCUUGCCCAUUGAGGUGAUUCACUUGUUUCUGGUUAUUGUUGGCUUUUGCUUAUGGAUGAAAAGAGAUGCUUGAGUGAAGAAUAUGUUCAAUGAGCUUCGUUUUAGAGAACCACAAUAUUCCGGGAACUUUUUAUUACAGUUUUUGAGUUUGUCAGAUAGAUAGAUAGAUAGAUAGAUGCAAAUUGAUAAUCUGAGAUGCUAGAAAGUGAAAGAAAAUGUCUUUUUGUUUAUAUUAAUUUGCAGUUGAAAGGCUACAAAAGCAGGUCCAAAUGCUAAGUUCCAUCACAUAUUAACCUCAUCUCUACUGAGAUUUCAUCGUGAUUAAAAAUGAAAAAGCAAAAGAAAAAAAAAGGGACACUUUUUGAGAAUGAGCUUCUUGAAGAUGACGACCACUGUUAAGGUUAGUGAUGAUGGUACCACUAGAGAGAGAGAGAGAGACCCACAAUCCAUUUUUGGUCGCUUUAUUGUCCUUAUCCCUUUUCCUUUUUCCUUGUUCAUUGUCUGAGUGGUGUUGAGCAACACUCUAAGAUCUCCCCCCCGAUGAAAGUCGUUUUGAAUUUUCCUUUGUACCCCCCUCCUGGCCGCUUCUCUCAUUGCUGGCAAAAAGCACUUGUUCUAGUGUUUCAAAGCAACAACUUUUUUCAUGUGCGGAGCCAGGCUUUCCAAAUAUGGUCUGCAUUUAGUACACCAAAAAGGGUACCACCAAAGUUUUGGGGUCCAUAUAUAUCCAAUUACAAAAUUAAGGCGUGAUCUUGAAGAAGGAUUUAACCUCACUUUCCGGAUGCGAGGAUUUGUUAGUUUCUUUGCAAUUGGGCAAGGUUGAAGAUGACUCAAGAUUGAUCAGAUCUUUACUUUAGUGUUUGGCGGUCAGAUGUCACUUUGGACUCUUAUACUUACUUGGGGUCGACCACACCUUGUCUCCUCCACCUUCUCCAAUUGUAGUGGCUUUUCAUGAAUUACACCCAACCACCUCACUUAGAAAAGAGUAUGGAAAAAGAACAGACACGGAAAAAAAGUUGUAAGAAAAGGAAAGUAAAAGAGUUCCUAGGAACAUUAUUGUCUUGUUAUGAUAUUUGCCAACUCUGGUGGCAGCUUUCACCAAUACUGUGCAUGGGAACCAAACUUAAGUGUGCGAUAAAUCCAUUAGCGACUUCACAAAACAGCAGCAAACUCAGCUUUACAGUGCAUUUCGUGGAUGACUAUUUCCGAACAAGAGUGGUGAAGGAGAAUUGUCAAAUGGAGAGGGCGCUGGAAAAGCAGCACAUGGAAUCUAUCAGGAAGACAAUGCAGAUGCAUGAAAACAUCUUCAAACACCAGGUACGAGAACUUCAUCGCCUGUAUAGCGUUCAAAAGAUGCUGAUGGAUGAGCUGAAAAAGGAAAUUAAGCAAAACAGAUUCUGGGCUACUCCUAUGACAAGUUCUGAUGUUAACCAGCAACAUUUGAGGGCACAAACUACUUGUGUAAACAAUUCCCACGUUCAAGCUGAGCUGAGCACAAGGGAGAGGAGUGGCAGUUCUGGUGACACCAUGAAAAUUGUAAGGGGCUUUGAUCUGGAGAGGCCAGCUGGGGAAGACAUCUCGGCUGAUGCCAGUGCUGUUGUAGAAGACCAAGCAGGGCCUAGCUCCCUCAUGCACUCCAGAAUUAGUCACAUGAGCAUUCAAGGCUCGGAUGAUAGUGAAGUUGAACUGACACUAAGCAUUGGAGGCAGCAGCUCAAGCAAAAAGAUGGCGGAGAAUUCCAAACCCCAUACUCAAGAAUUAGGAAGCUCAAAUUCUCAUGCAAUUCAUAUGGGAAAUAAGGAGCUGGCUUCAUCAGCUUCAUUUAAAUCAGAGAAGGGAGAGGAUUGCAGUGGCCCCAACACUCCAAUGAGCGCUUCUAGCGCAACAUUUGAUCAGGAAAGGAAACGACCACAUUGGCUUUUCCAAGGUUUGAGCAUAAACAGGACUUGAAACAGUUGAAAAGUAUUUAUUUUUUAUUUAUCAUUUUUAACUUAAUUUGUAUGUGUGUAUCCUAAUCUUUACUUGGUUCAUGACUCUAGAGAUUCCUAAUCUUUACUUUAUCCUCCUUAACCUAAUAAAUGGAUAAUUAAGUCACCCAUCUUUUUGGGUGUACACAUUGUUGUAAAUAGGUCAGCCGCCAAGGCAUUGGUUUUUUAUUAAUGUUUUUUUUUCUCUUUCCCA